AUGGAUUUGAGUGAUGGUUGUUUUUCUAUUUCAAUCCCAAGAACUCGCAGCCAAGAAUCAAAGCAAUUAUUUCAAAAAGUCUUUACAGUAAGCUCUAAUCAGGAGUAUGAAAUCCAUGCUAAAUUUCACUCUUAUACACACGUUAUUUAUAGGCGAUAUCGGCAAUUCUCAGCUCUAAAAGAACAGGUACAAUAUAUUCAGAUUAAGUGUCUUAUUCAUAUAUGUAUUCCAGGGUUCCCUAAGAAAAGCUUACUUCACAAUAAAACACCUUUAUGCAUUGAGCGUCGUAGAGAAAUGUUAAAUUUAUGAAUAAACGAAGUUUCACAGCUAGACUCAGCAGUAGAUAUUUUAUUACAGUUUUUGGAAAUUCCUGAUCAGAAAAGAGAGGCUAUUUUAUCUCAAAGGCAAAAAGAAUGCAAAAUGAGUUCUGCUGACCGUUGUGUUGCAGCAUUCAUUCGAAGAUUAAACAAAUCAGACAAAAAUAGUACGAAAGCAGUUCAAAAAUUUGAUAACGAAUUUUUCGAAAUCAGAGAAGAAUUAUCAAAGAACGCAAUCUGAAUGCUUCUGAAUCAUUUGAUUCCUCUUUGUGGCACUUUGGUUGUUGCCUCAAAAGCUUUGGACAGUCUAAGCAAACUACUAAGCAGAGAUCGCUAUAGAUUUUAUACUGACAUCCAAGAAGCAUUAGUAAAAUUAGAUCAAGAGCAUUUAAAAUCAAUGAAUUUAGACCUACAUUUAUUAAAGGUCUUUCAAGGUGAUUCAGCAGAGCAAGCUUUUCAAAUUUGUAAAAUCAUAGACGAGUGCAUGGCUAGAAAUUCUUCUAGCCACAUGUUCAAAUACAUCCUCAACAACAGCGAUGAAGCUUUUCAGGUUUAUUCCACCUGGCAAAGUCAAGAAUUAAUCCCGAGCCAAGAAUUAAUUCCAGCACAAAUUCAAACAAAAAAAGAUAAAAGUGAUUGAAGAUGCUUAAACACAAAUAAUUAUCCCGGAAACAUGAUGAUCUGUUUCAGAUCUGCCGAAGACUGUUUUGAAACCCGCAGCUCAAUUUUUAUUGAGUCCUCAGUCGAAAAAAUCCUCAACCUGAUACUUGAUACAGAACUAAGACUAAAAUGAGACACUUAUAUUUCUGGCUACGAAAUUGUCAAAGAAUACGAAUUUUUGAAGCAUUAUUUAGUCUGGUUUUCUUUCCCUAGCGAAAAAGGCAAGCCAGUUGAUUUAGCCACUGUAUGCACAAUCCGAAUAGAAGGCGAAACAACUUAUGUUGAAUAUUCUUCAGUGAAAACUCCACUGAUAAACAAUAGGCUUGGAUACAAAAGAGUAGAAUGUAAACGUAGUGUUUAUAAAAUUAAGUCCAUUGGAAAUGAUGCAGAAAGGAGCUCAUCAUUUCCAUCUGCAUAUAGUAUAAGUAGUAAUGAAGAGUCCACAGAUUCAAAUAGAUCUGUAGGAGAUUGUGGCUCAAAAGAAGAAUUCUUAUGUCAUGUAACAUGUAAAACACAAAUGAGCAGUGAGCUGGCAAGAGCUGUCUGUAGUGAAUUUUCAGAAGAAACAAGCCAUUAUAAAGAAAGCUUGCAGAACCUCAAAGCUAUGGCUGAGCAGAAAGAGGGAAAUAUGAAGACAAUACAAAAAGUCAAUCAGUUAAGAGAUGCUCUUGACAGAAAAGUGCAAAAGGAAAGAAGGACGAGCCAACUAGGGCCGUUUCGUGCAAGAUAUAUGAAAUAA